UCUGCAGACAAUUAGACAUCGUUAGUCUCGUUUUUGUUCAAAAUCUUAAUUUUUACAUUCCGUCCCUUGAAUAAAAUGCGAAAAAAUUAGUGCAAGUGUCGCAAAAGAUGAGAAUUACCGAUAUUUUUUGGCGAAGUGUCGCCCUUUUCACGCUAAUUUUGGUAGUUACGGUGCUCGGGCAGUACGAAUGGCAAGCUCGCGAUGCCUUCGACGAAAUAAAGAUAAAAUUCGAUCGUGUGACGCCCGACAAUUGCCCAAUUAUGCAUUUGGGCGACUUGUACCUGCCGGAAGACGUGAUUUCGCACAAACCUGACAUCAAGGAGGUCAAUAUCAAUCCCGUGUUUCCGAAUCGUACCGCUUUGUUGCAUUUGCAUAACAUGGCGUUGAGUCGUGCCUUCUAUUGGAGUUACAUCUUGCAAAGUCGUUUCAUCAGACCUGCCAUUAACGACACUUAUGAUCCCGGAAUGAUGUAUUAUUUCUUGUCAACAGUCGCGGAUGUAGCUGCAAAUCCCUAUAUUAACGCCUCAGCAAUUUAUUUUGCUCCGAAUUCGUCGUUUUCGUCGUCUUACAGAGGAUUUUUCAAUAAAACUUUUCCGAGAUUCGCUCCGAGAACGUUCAGAGAAGAUGAUUUUAAUGAUCCAAUUCAUUUGGCGAAGAUUUCUACAAUGAACACUUUUGAUGUGAGAGAUUUGGGUGCGAUUCCAGCAGGUGCUUCGUCGUCGGAUUAUACAACAGACUUUUAUAAAAUCAAUGAAUGGUAUAAAUUGUGGUUGCCGGAUGAUGUUUUUAAUAGGCAUGACACGAAAACGACGUAUCAAGUGGAAAUUCGAUAUGCAAACAACACUAAUGAGACCUUUACAUUCCAUGGACCUCCGGGAGCCGACGAAGAUCCAGGUCCAGUUAAAUUCACUCGUCCUUACUUCGAUUGCGGUCGUUCCAACAAAUGGUUAGUUGCUGCUGUUGUCCCCAUCGCCGAUAUUUAUCCUCGUCACACGCAAUUCCGUCACAUCGAGUACCCCAAAUACACCGCCGUGUCAGUUAUCGAAAUGGAUUUCGAGCGUAUCGACAUAAAUCAGUGUCCCAAAGGGCAGGGAAAUCGCGGCCCGAAUCGCUUUGCCGACACAGCGCGAUGCAAAAAGGAAACUACUGAAUGCGAACCAAUUCACGGAUGGGGCUUCCGAAGAGGCGGUUACCAAUGUCGAUGUAAACCGCAAUAUCGACUGCCGAGCAUCGUUCGAACGCCAUUUUUAGGUGAAAUUAUCGAACGAGCGACUGAUGAGCAAUAUUACAACAAUUUCGACUGUCAACGAAUCGGAUGGGUGCAAAAGCUGCCAAUUCAGUAUGAAGAAGCACCGCAUUACAUUCGUCAAAAAUAUUUAGAUCUGAAUCCGCAGUACAGAAAUUUCACGACGGGACCCAAGGCACUUCACACGUCGCGAAUUAACAUCGAUGCCGUCUUGCGAUUCAUCUGGAGUGUCAACGCCGAUACUUGCAAAAACUACCAUCCGCAAGAUUUGAUGUUGGAUGGCGAUGUUUCGUACGGAGCGAAGGAACAAUUCCAAAAUGAGGCAAAAAUGGCGCUUCGUUUAGCGAAUUUCAUUUCGGCAUUUUUGCAAAUUUCCGAUCCGAACGAAGUUUAUUCGGGAAAAAGGAUUGCUGACAAACCCUUGACUGAAGAUCAGAUGAUUGGCGAGACUUUGGCUUUGGUUUUGGGCGAUACGAAGAUUUGGAGUGCCGGGACGUAUUGGGAGCGGAAUAAAUUCACGAAUCGAACGUUAUUUGCUCCGUUUGCUUACAAAAAAGAACUUAACACGCGAAAAUUCAAAGUCGAGGAUCUCGCAAGACUCAACAAAACAGGCGAAGAUUACACGAGCAAGCCAUUUUUCCGUCUUUUGAAACAACGAUGGGCUACAAACUUCGAUGCUCUCGAGAAAAAUUGGCUAAAAAUGCGAAUUCGUCAUAACGAAACCGGAGAAUAUCCUCAAAAGUACGAACAUUUCCCGAAUUUCUAUCAUUCGGCGAAACUCGAGCACGGACAUUGGUCUGAACCAGUCUUCGAUUGCAAUGGCUUUGUGAAAAAAUGGCUUGUGACGUAUUCGGCGCCCUUUUUCGGAUGGGAUAGUCUUCGGGUGAAACUCGAAUUCAAGGGAGUUGUUGCCGUUUCGAUGGAUAUUCAGCAACUCGACAUCAAUCAGUGCCCCGAUGACUAUUUUGUGCCGAAUGCGUUCAAAAAUACGCACAAAUGUGACAAGAAAACGUCGUAUUGCGUGCCAAUUUUGGGCCGGGGCUUCGAUUCGGGCGGUUAUAAAUGCGAAUGUUUGCAAGGAUACGAAUAUCCCUUCGAGGAUUUGAUCACGUAUUACGACGGGCAAGUUGUCGAAGCGGAAUUCUUGAAUGUUGUUAUGGAUAAACCGACGAAAUAUGACAUGUACAAGUGUAGAUUGGCAGGCGCCGCGUCAAUUCGCGCAACGUUGAGUGUAAUUUUCGGACUUGUAGGAUUUGUAGUCUUUGCGAUUUACAAAAAGUUUUAACCAACUUUGCCUUAAAAUGAAAAAAAAAAUAAUUUUUAGGAAACCAUUUGAACCUUCUCAUAAGUAAUUUUUAAGAAAAAAAUGCACAUAUGAAGCAAUUUAUAUAAAUACAUAGUCGAAUAGUAAAAAAAAAAUAUUAAAUUAGGAUUAAGCUCGAAUCUCUUGACAUUCCGAAAAAGUAUAUUAAAGAACUAAUUCCGUCCAAAGGAUUUUCCAUUUUAAUUUUUUUAUGUAGAUUUUGUGCCUUUUGUACUACUUUUAAGUAUAAAA